AUGACUACCACGGUUGCUAUUUGGGUCGGCCAUAAUGUGCAGCUACGCAAUACUCCGGGCAAGAAGAGUGUCGUCACCUUAUUCUUCGACGACCCACCGGCCAUCAGGGACUUGAACGACCGCCUGUUAGGCUGCUAUGCAUUCGUCCAUCCUCCCAAUGAAACCCUUGAUCUCCAUCACUUCAAUCGGCUCCAGUAUUGCCCGGCCAAUAUUUUCUACGAUUUGGACGUGCUCUUCAACGACUUGAAUAACGUCGUGGAACAGUAUCGAUGGCUAUGUGUCUGCCAGGAGAAUUCAGAUCAGUCGAUGCUCUCGCCACUACAACAGGUCGGAGCCCUCUAUCAAGGCACCAAGGAGAUACCGAUCGUGAAAGAGGAAGUGGAGUUCCACCGCAUAGUCAGGAAGAAGCUCAUGAUGUUCGUUGAUUCCCGCUUACAGGAGCUUAGCGAGGACUUGAAGCCACGUCGAGGAUCGGGGGUGACCCCAUCGAGAACCUCAGACCAGACUUGGCAAUGGACUCAAGAGAUGAGGACGAACGUGAGAUUCCGCGACCGGCUAGAGGACCUGGGUGAUGAUCUCGAUCGCUACACCUCUCGGCUAGACAUGUUGUCCGGCCGCCUGCAGAGCUUCGUCUACUUGGCUAUCUGGGGCAUGACUGACUUCCACACGGACCCAAUUUACUUUCUCCCGAUCGUGAUCAUCGUCUUCAUCGUCAGUGCGCUGUACCUCUUUGUCUACCAGUGCAUCAUCAACAACGUCCAUCGCAAUUUCCAAUCAUCCAUCGACCUGAACAGGCUCGGCGACAAUCCUUAUUACGACGAAGCCGCCGAAGGGAGAGAGGCCCGGAAGGACACACGCGCACGCUCGCAUCGACCUGGUCGGAACGGCAGAGAAUCCGACGCAUUCACCGUCCGUCGCAACCCGCAAGAGCGAACGGCGCAGGAACGGCCAGGCCAUCAAGGAGAAGGGCGCUGCAUUGUGGUCGAGCGGGUUACCUCACAACCACGUUCGUAG